UUAUCGCUUACUAUGCCACCUAGACAACAUUAUGAAUCAGGUGAAAUUCCUGAACAUGAUGACUAUAGUUACGAUGACGAUUCUGUUUCUGGUCCUAGCAAUUUUAACCAAGAACAUAAUACCAGUAACAUUGAGGGUAAUGAAAGCGAUGAUGAUAUGCGAAGUGAUAAAAGUGGUGAUGAAAAUAUACAAAGUGAUGAAAGCGAUCAAGAAAAUGAAAUUAAUGAAAUGGACAAUACUUAUACCAGACGUACCCUUUGUUCUAAUGAAAAACGACCUAAAUGCGAAAACUGUGUUAGUUCGAAUGGUUCAGCUAAACAACAGAAUUCAUUUGUCAAAG